GGAAAACCUGAAUAUGGGGCUACUCUCAUCUUUUUAUGCUUCUCCAAAAUUAGUUAUGGGCUGUUGCUAUCCUAAUUCUCUCAAAAACCCUACUGUCACUACUAAUAAACAAUUCUCAAGAACUUCUACUUCUACUAGAGCUCUUCCUUUUUCUCUCCGCAAUUAUAAGAUUGUCACUCGCAGUUCCAGAUUUUCCAUCUCUGCCCUUGCUCACUCUCACUCUUCUCCAAGAAUUUCCGGAAGUAGCAGAUUAGGUGCUGAACAUUUUGCAAGCAUUUCGAGCAGACAGCAAACUUCUUCUGUCGGGGUUAAUCCACAACCAUUGCCACCCCCUUCUUCUUCUUCGCAAUUUGGGUCACCUCUGUUUUGGAUUGGAGUUGGUGUUGGGCUAUCAGCGAUUUUUUCAUUGGUAGCUACAAGGGUAAAGAAUUAUGCAAUGCAACAAGCUUUCAAAAGUAUGAUGAAUCAGAUGAAUACGCAAAAUGACCAAUUCAACAACCCGGCUUUUUCUCCGGGCUCUGCCUUUCCGUUUCCAACACCUCCAGCGUCAGUGCCUGCAAGCUCACCACCAUUUCCAACAUCAUCAACAUCUAGGCCUGCUACUUCUCCUUCAUAUCCCACGUCAUCAGCAUCUACCUCCCCUUCAGUUGCUUCUCAACCUGCAGUUACAGUAGAUGUUUCUGCUACAAAAGUAGAAGCAGCUUCAGUGACUGAUGCCAAAGAUGAAGCAGAGAUAACAAAGGAACCUAAGAAAUAUGCUUUUGUAGAUGUCUCUCCUGAGGAAACCUUUCCAAAGAGUCCUUUCAAGAGCAAUGAGGAUAUUUUGGAGACAAGCACAUCCAAAGAUACUCAGUUUAACCCAGAAGUUUUACAAAAUGGAGCUGCUUCUAACCAGGGUGCUGCUGAUUUUACGGGUUCUCAGUCUACCAGAAAAGCAGGGUCUGGCUUAUCUGUGGAAGCUUUGGAGAAAAUGAUGGAAGACCCAACAGUGCAGAAGAUGGUUUAUCCAUAUUUACCUGAGGAGAUGAGGAAUCCUUCUACUUUCAAAUGGAUGCUGCAAAAUCCACAAUACCGUCAACAGCUAGAAGAAAUGCUAAAUAAUAUGAGUGGAACUGGUGAAUGGGAUAAUCGGAUGAUGGAUUCCUUGAAAAAUUUUGAUCUCAGCAGUCCUGAGGUUAAGCAGCAAUUUGAUCAAAUCGGUCUUACACCUGAAGAAGUAAUCUCAAAAAUCAUGGCCAACCCCGAAAUUGCCAUGGCAUUUCAAAAUCCAAGAGUUCAACAAGCCAUCAUGGAUUGUUCACAGAACCCACUUAGCAUAGCCAAAUAUCAGAAUGACAAGGAGGUUAUGGAUGUCUUCAACAAAAUAUCAGAACUCUUCCCUGGAGUGAGACCCUGAUAGCUUCAUCUUAGUUUCAUGCACUAUUGCUGUUCCUAGAGCUAAACACACUGGUGGAUUUGUACCGGGUGAGCAACUGGGGUAUCAAUGCCUAUUUCUGAUCUGGAAAGUGCUAAAGAAUUUUGGAUAUUACCUGCAGUUGACUUUUCGUGAAGAUAGAGCUUAGUUUUUCAGCUUAAAUUGGAGAAGAUUUUGGGAUAUUCUUGUAAAAAAAAUAAAAGAAAUGAUUCAUUUGCAUUUUUCUUGUGCUAGAAAGAUCUCUCCCUUAUUUAUGUCCCCUCAAUCUUGAUCUUUUGCUUCAUUUGGUUCAUGGAAUUAUAUGAAAUAGCAUUAGAAUUAUAUGGUCAGUCCAUGUUGUAUAACUAUUUCUA